AUGAUGACCGACACAGAAAAGCAGCAGCAGGACGGGGGGGCGGCGACCGACAGCCGCACACGCGCAAUGGUGCCAGCCGUCGAGGAGGACACGGUGCUGCUCAAGCGCUGGCUGCGACGCAUGCCGUUCGCGGGCGACACGUUCGCAUCGAGCUGCCGUGCGAUCGAGGCCGAGCCCCUCCCCCCAAUUAACACCAGGGGCGGGCGCGACGCCGAGGGCUGGACGGCCGUGUAUGAGGUCACUGUCAAGCCAGAGUGGGUGAACGGGGGCGGGGGGCUGCAUGGCGCUGCGGGCGCUUGGAUCGUCGACAUGUUCACAAACACGACGAUUAACCGCCUUGCUACGGACACAUGGAACCCGUGGGGACCCAGCAUCAACAUUGAGAUGAACUACUACGCGCCAGCCCCAGUUGGAAUGCGCCUCCGUGUCGAGACGGUCAUUGAGCGUAUGGGCGCAUCAAUCAGCACGUGUCGCUGUCUCAUCUCGGAUGCCGAGACGGGCCGCCGCGUCGCGGGCGGCAUGCACACUGUCAUGCGGCCUGCAGGACGCAAGCAUAACCCAAACAUCCUCCUGCUGCCCGAGCGCACCAAGCCGUUCGCCAAGCUGUAA